AUGAAUGCUGAUACUUGUGUUUCUUAUUGUGAUCCGGCUGCCAUGGAUUCCUACUACAACGCAGCCUCCCAGGGCGCAGACGGCUCCUCGCCUUUUAGGGCAUUUCAAGCGAGUGACAAGUUCGGCCCCGCUUUCCUGGCCGCCAAAGGACAGAGCUUCGGUGACAGCGGCGCGAAGUGCCGGAGCCGCUACAGCCCGCAGGAAUGCCCGUCCCUGGACGGCAGCGGGCAGGCGCCGGGCCCCGCCGCGCCCCCGCCCGCCUUUAGCAAAUACCCGCAGCCCCAGCAGCAGCCGCCGCACCUCUAUAUGCAGCGCGGCCCCUGCAAGACCCCACCGGAGAGCAAUCUCAAGCUGCAGGAGAGCGGCAGCCACAACGGAGCCUUGCAGGUCUCCUGUUACGGUAAGGAGAGCAGCUUGGGAGAGGCUGACUUGCAGCCCAACGCUGACCCCUCGGGCAUGGACAGCAGCUACCUCAGCGUGAAGGAGGCUGGAGUGAAAGUCCCUCAGGACAGGGCCAACACGGACCUCCCCAGCCCCAUGGACAAGGCGGACUCGGAGAGCAACAAGGGCAAAAAACGGAGGAACCGUACCACCUUCACCAGCUACCAGCUUGAGGAGUUGGAAAAAGUCUUCCAGAAGACCCACUACCCAGAUGUGUAUGCCAGGGAGCAGCUAGCCAUGAGGACAGACCUCACUGAGGCCCGAGUACAGGUCUGGUUCCAGAACCGACGAGCCAAAUGGCGCAAGCGGGAGCGGUUUGGCCAGAUGCAGCAGGUCCGGACCCACUUCUCCACUGCCUAUGAGCUGCCUCUGCUCACCCGUGCUGAGAACUAUGCCCAGAUCCAGAACCCCUCCUGGAUUGGCAACAACGGAGCAGCCUCCCCUGUGCCCGCUUGCGUCGUCCCCUGUGAGCCGGUGCCCUCCUGCAUGUCCCCCCACGCGCAUCCCCACGCGGCUGGCGGUGUCUCCGACUUCCUCGGUGUCUCCAGUGCCAGUGGCCACGUGGGCCAGACUCACGUGGGUGGCCUCUUUGGCACAGCCGGCAUCGGCCCCGGCCUCAAUGGCUACGAGCUGAACAGCGAGCCGGACCGCAAGAGCUCCAGCAUCGCGGCCCUGCGGAUGAAGGCGAAGGAGCACAGCGCCGCGAUCUCCUGGGCGACAUGA